AAUGUCAUCAGCCAUGAAGAUUGUGCCUGGAGAUGCUCUAGACAUCCAGCAGAUGAAGACCACCAUAGGUCCUGGAGUUUAUAAGAAUCCCAAGACGCAGAAUAUCAUCCCCGCAGCCGCUGGGUACUUGAAUGUUAAAAUCAACAAGAAAAAUACCAACCAGCUCGCAUACAUCGAAUCCAAGUCCAAACGAUAUAUCCCCAAAGCCAACGACUUUGUGGUCGGGAUCGUCACGGGGACCAUAGGCGAGUCCUAUAAGGUGUCGUUGCAAGACUUCUCGGCGAAUGUGUUGCUCUCGAUGAUGGCUUUCCCCAAUGCCACCAAGAAGAAUAGACCCAACCUCAAGGUUGGACAGGUGGUUUACGCCAGAGUGAGUCAGGACAUCCCCGAAAUUGACAUAGAGAUAGAGUGUAUCGAUCCAGCCACCGGCAAAGAAGGCGGGUUCGGAAUGCUCGAUGAGAGUGGAUAUAUUUUCGAAGUCGGGUUGAAUUAUGCCAACGAACUCUUGUUUAACCCGAGCUCCGUCUACUUGGAGAAGCUCGCGUCCAAGUGUAAGUUCGAGGUAGCUAUAGGAUUGAAUGGCAAAAUAUGGAUCAAGUGCGGUGAUGGGUUGGUGUAUGAGGAAGACCAGUUGACAGAGGCCGGAGCCAAUGAUUUCAGGUACACUUUGGCUGCCGCCACCUAUUUGAAAAAGUGUCAGAAGGUGCCCAAGUCACAAGUGGACGCUGUCUUGAAGGAGAGCUUCAAGAAUUUAUAGUCAUAGAUCGCUGUAUAGGUGUUGUAAUAUAGAAUAAUACUGCUGC